AUGAUCCCCGGGCGCAGCAACGACGGGCACACCUCCUCCUCCACGUCCUCCAUCUCGCCCUCUCCCUAUUACCCGAUCCUCGACCCCGGCGACUCCCGCAGCGGCAUCCUGCCCGUCAUCCCGCCCGACAGCGACGACUUUCCGAACCGCGCGCCGCGCAGCAACGCCGCGACCGCCGCCUCCGCCGCCGGUGUCCGGGCCCUGAGCGCGCAGCUCGUCGCCUUUUACUUUCGCGCGCCCGCCAAGGCCUUUUUCCGCACCCGCGUCGACUACCUCGCCUACGCGCGGACGAUCCACCAUGCACACACCGAGGCCCUCAUGCGCGCGGCCGCCGCGGUCGAGGGCAGCACCCCGCAGACCAAGAUACGGGCGUUUCUGCAGCAGUCGUGGCUGUGGGCGCGCAGCACCACACCCGGCGUGCUGACGUCGGCCAUCAAGCACGAGGGAUGGGGCAUCAUCCCGCACCAGAUCCUGCCGCCGCUGAUUGCCAACGUCGGCGUCGGCGCGGUGCUCUACACGAGCUACCUGCACAUCCUCGGCCAGCUGCACGAGGGCAGCGGCCGGGCGACGAAGCGCGUGUACCCGCCGCCGGCGCCGAGCAGCACCUUCACGGCGGGCUUCCUCGCGGGCGGCCUGCAGAGCGUGGUGGCCGCGCCGCUGGACGCGCUGCAGGCGCGGUUCGACCACAAGGACCUGAUGCGCGGCGACGGCAGCGGCAAGCCCCAGAGCAUGUGGCGCUUCGGCGCCGAGAAGCUGCGCGAGAUUGGCCUCCGCGGCAUCUUUGCGGGCUGGGGCCUGUCUUUUGCCAAGGACAGCAUGGGCUCGGCCGUCUUCUUCAGCGUCUUCGAGUACGUCAAGGCGCAGGGCUACUAUCGCUUCGUGACGUGGUACUACGGCGGCCUCGGCAAGGACAUUGUCGACCUGCUGGCCGUGAAGCGCCCUGCCAGCGCAGCGUCAGCAUCCCCCAGUGACGACGAGGCCGAGGACGCGCCGCCGACGACCACGAUCCGGCCGCACUACGCCAUCGAGCCCAUGUUUCUCCUCGCGGCCGGCAUCAGCGCCUCCUUCACGCAGCAGCUCUUCCUGCACCCGCUCACGCACUUUCAGGUCAAGCACUGGGACCACCUCGAGGAGCUCGACGCCAAGGCGGAGCGGUACCGCGCGUCCGCCGCCUCGCAGCCCGAGAAGAAGGUGCCGCGCUUCCGCAUGAUGCGGGCCUACUACCACGCCUACCAGGAAACGCUGGCCGGCUGCGCCGCGGAAGCCGCCGCGGAGGGCGUGUCGCUGAACCGCUGGCUGUAUCGGGGCUUUUGGUGGAACGCGAUCCGCCAGGUGCCCAGCACGAGUGCCGGACUCAUCAUUUUUGAGCUCAUUCGCAGAAAGUACGGAUUUGGCGCCGACGAGGUGCGCAUCACCAAGGACGGGUACGAUAUUCAGCUGCAUUAG